CGCUCUUCCUUUGCUUCCUCUCUCUCUCUUUCUCUGCGCUUCCAUUUUCGUUGUCAUUAUUCUCUCUCUCUCAAAAUUCCUUCUCUUCGCUGUUAGGGUUUCGUUUCCUUUACUUCAAAAUCAAAACCUCUGCUUCACCGGAUUAAGCGUCCGUAGCGGUGGUACCUUUAAUUGGAAAAUCCCGAGGGUUGGGUUUCGUUUCCUUGAUGGGGCUAAUGCUGGUGAUGAUAUUGUCAAGGAGAGUAAUGGUGUUGGCUGAAUCCAUGAAAAUAUAAAAGGAUCUGUAUUGAAUGAAUUUGUUUUUUCCUUCCAUGUUAGCGAAUGCAAAUUUUAGUGCGUUUGAUUAAGAUGGGUUGAAGAGAUCUGCAUGCUAGCUAGAAAAUUAAAUUAGAAAUGGCUAUUGCUGGUCUACACAGUGUGUCUGUGCUCGACUCUUCUUUCCUGAGGGACUCCCAUUCCCAGUCCUCUGGGAGAGGUGGAGAGAGAAGACGGGGAAGCACCCAGUCUUCUUCAAUCCUGCGAAUGUGGCGAGAGAUUGAAGAUGAACAUGUGGUGAAUCAAGUUCAAGGAAGACCUGGUGAAGUAAUUGAACAAAGGAGGGAUGAGUUAAUUGUGGACCGUUCGCGGGACAAUAGACUGGAUAUCCAAGAGAGAGCACAGGGGCAUGUUCUAGAAGAUGCAGUUUUGGGUGAGAAUGAAUCUGAAACAUGGUCACAGUCACAAAGUCAGAAUGAAUCCCAUGAUGAUCUUGAGGAUUUAAACAAUUCUACCUGUGAGAACUCUUCCGCCUUGGGAGAAGUUGAAAGGGUAAGAGUGAGGCAAAUUUUCAGGGAAUGGAUGAACAGUGGUGCUGGGGAUCAUGUAUCAAACAUUUCCCGAAGAAGUAAUGGUUCAAGGGGACAAUGGCUCGGAGAAACUGAGCAAGAAAGGGUGAGAGUUAUACGGGAGUGGGUACAAAUGAGUAGCCAGCAGAGAAGUGUUUCUCCUGGGGAAAACAGGGAAGAACCAUCUGCUGAAAUUGAUACACAAAUUGAACGUGUGCGUGAUGGACUCAUUGUUAACCAGAUUGGGGGCCAAACUGAGCAUACAAGGAGGGGCAUACGAAAAUUAUGUGGCCGACAGGCUAUGCUUGAUAUGCUUAAGAAGGCUGAGAGAGAAAGGCAAAGGGAAAUUCAUGAGUUGUUGGACCAUCGGGCCGUAUCGAAGUUCCCUUAUCGGAAUCGCAUUCAGGCACUGCUUAGAGGCAGAUUCUUGAGAAAAGAUGGACCUGUUCAUAAUAACAGGCCCCUUUCUGUUGCAGAAAGUGAAUUAGGCUUCUUGAGGCGAAGACAAACUGUAUCAGGUCUAAGGGAAGGAUUUUCCUCCAGAAAGGAAAAUAGUGGAUGCUGUGAAGCUACCAGCCAUGCAUCUGAUGCUUCAUCUAAUGUUGAUAUUGAUUUUAAUAUGAAUGAACAAACAGGAUCAAGCAGUUCACACAUGGUCCCAAGUGUACAUUCUGAGCAGUAUGACCCUAGUGACAUGGGAAGCAUUGUACUUGGGGUAUCAGACAGCCAGAUAAGUUUACAAGGAACCACAUGUGAAAAUUUAGAUUGGCAAGAAUCUACUGCUCAAGUAGGAGAUCAUUUGCCAAUUAAAUCAAAAGAUUGUCAAUCAUCAUGCAGUGUGGGCAUUGAAAGAGGGGACAAUAUUGAGCAAAAUGUUACUGUGAUGCCAACUGAAGAUACUACUAAUGAACUUACCCUACAAAGUUUGCAAAUUGCAGAUUCAGAGCAUAAUAUUAAUCAAGAAUUCUGCGAGGUGCAUAAUGAGCAAUCUGGGCUCGGUGAUUUAAAUAAUAAUGAAAACAAUUCUUCAAAUCACAACAAUCAUAUGGAGGAUAAUGUUAAUGAUGAUGUAAAUUGGAAUGAAUCUAGUGCUCUUGAAGGAGAACAGCCAGAAGAAGCUUUUGAAAAUGAAGGAAGUGGGUGGUAUCAGAGUGAUACUGAAUGGAGAAAUAGCACCGAGGAAAAUGUUGAUGAUAAUCAGCUUAGUAAUACAGCAAACGAGUGGCCUGAAAACAAUUUGGGAAAUGAGGAUGGAGAGAAUUCUCGUCUGCCGGAAUCUCAUGAAGUGUGGCAUGAAGAUGGUGGCUUCCAAGAGGCUGUAGAAAACUGGCUGGGAGGACCUUCUGAUCAUGAAAGUGCUCCAGUUGGUAGAAUUCGUGGAUUUUAUUUUCCUGAUGAUGACAAUGUGUACAGUGUUGAACUCAGGGAACUUCUUAAUAGGAGAAGUGUCUCUAACCUGCUUGGAAGCAGUUUCCGUGACAGUCUUGAUCAGUUGAUACAGUCAUAUGUUGAAAGACAAGGUCAUGCAAACAUUGACUGGGAGCUGCAAGAAGCAACUCCUGCCUCAGUAGAGCAGGACCUUGAGCCACAGAGCAGGGAUGAAGUUGUUGGUCAGGAGGCUACUGUUAAUAGUCCACCUGACAUGCCCUCUUUACCUAUACCGCCUCCUCUGCCUCUUUGGGACCAGCACCCCCCUCGUGACAACUGGUCACAUAACAACAUAAAUAAUCAGCGUCUUGGAAUUGAUUGGGAGAUUGUUAAUGACUUGAGAAUUGACAUGGCUCGAUUACAGCAAAGGAUGAAUAACAUGCAGAGAAUGCUGGAGGCUUGUAUGGAUAUGCAGCUUGAGUUGCAGCGCUCUAUAAGACAAGAAGUUUCUGCAGCCCUAAAUCGCUCUGCCGAUUCAUCAGGAAUACAUGACUGCGAGUCACCAGAAGAUAAAUCUAAAUGGGAAUGUGUGAGAAAAGGACUUUGUUGUAUAUGCUGUGAAAACAAUAUCGAUUCUUUGUUGUACAGGUGUGGGCAUUUGUGUACAUGCGCCAAAUGUGCCAAUGAGUUGCUCCAAAGCAGAAGAAAGUGCCCAAUGUGUCAAGCUCCUGUGGUGGAGGUGAUACGUGCUUAUUCUAUACAAUAAUUUGACAUUAAAAUAAAGGUCACACUUUAACAAAAUACAGGAUUCUAACAAGUUUUAUCGCCUGGACGUUUCCAGGUACUCUUUUUCGUUGUUAAUUUUUUUUUUGUUUCUUACUGUGAUAACUGUAUUUAUGUCGAGUGUACAAUGGAACACAUGAUGGCAUUUUUUGGGGCCAUGAUUCCGAUAUGAAUAAAAAAUGUGUCGUUUUAAAGUUUC